AUGGCACAAGCUCCGUUGUAUCCUGGGGCGACUCUUUGUUUGUUGUCUCACGACUAUGACAAGCAUAAUAGGUACUUCAUCAUGCUUUUGUCAAUAAGUACAUCGUUUGGAGCGCAAAUAAAACCUCUUGGGUCAAAAAGAUCGACAGGACAGUCUACGCACCCUUCACAAGCUAGUCAUUUAGCACAAACCACAUCUAUUCGUUCUGAAGCAGAUGUAUCUUCAGGCUAUCGUGCGAUUCCUGUGAAAGAAGCACCACCUCCAAAAGCUCCACCGCUAUCUAAGGCAGGACAAAAAUAUGAAUUGCAACAAAAGCGAUUGGGUAAGAAUCGCGAAUACAAUCCAGAAAAAUUUCUACAUAAUCAAGUUAAGAAAUCUGGAGAAGGCUUAACAGAGGCUAUGAGAAAUGAAAACAGGUAUGCGGGCAUGAUUAAGUCGGCUCAUCGUGACCCAAACUCAAUUCUUAGUAAGGCACGCAGAGUACUUCCAGGAACGAUGGAAUACAAACAUAAACAAGCAAUCAGACAGACCAACAAACAUGCGGGUGCUUUGGCAGAUGUGAUGCACGAUACAAGAGUCUAUCAUUUGCAUAGUGGAAUGAGCGAAAAAGCUUUUAAUACGCUCAACACGAAAGCACAUGCAGCGCUGAAGCAGCGAUAUGCGAUUCAUAAAUGAAUCAUUCUGUAUAUACACAAAUAGUACGAGUCUAGAAUAAAUAUCAAUUUGUGGAAUUGAACGGGUACUGUUUGGCCAUGUCUGCUCAUUUGCUUACUGAACUGCCAUAAGAGCCCCGAAUAAUCGAAUUUGCGU